AUGAGUAGCAGCAGCAGCAGCAGCUGCAGCAACAACACCAACAACAACAAUUCAAUACAUCAACACCUGCAUUCACCCAGUAAACUAACCGAAUUCGCGCGCGAUUUUGAGGAUAAGCCGGAGUCGCUAUUCGGACGCGUCGUCACAAAAAUACAAAAUGUUUAUAAUCAAAGCUACAAUACAGUCAACGAUAUAUCCAGCGGCAGCAGCAGCAGCGUCCAGGUGGGCAAGUCCAAGUUCUAUGGCGAGCGAAAUGCGGCAGGCAGCGCCGACAUGGACGGCGACUCAAUCGCACAAAACAAUUCAACAUCCAGUUUUAAUACAAUUCGGCCAACAACGCUUAAGCUGCGCAAGAGCAGCGAAACAGCCAGCAGCAGCAGUACAACAACCGUCGAGGAAACGUGCGAAGCCAACGAGCGUGUCGAUGAGCUGCCAGGUGAAGCGAAUCAAGGCCGCACCGUGUCCAAUGUGCUCAAACACAUCAGCAGCAUUGUUGCUUCAAAGAAUAAUAAUGAUUUGCGCAACUAUAAGGAGACGGAGCUGCAGCGACUGUGGAUGCCCGAUUCAAAGGCCAAGGAGUGCUAUGAUUGUGCACAAAAGUUCUCCACAUUUCGUCGCAAGCAUCACUGCCGUCUCUGCGGUCAGAUAUUCUGCUCCAAGUGCUGCAAUCAAGUUGUGCCCGGCAGCAUAAUACGCUGUGAGGGCGAUUUGAAGGUGUGCAAUUACUGUUCCAAGAUUGUGCUUACCUCACUCAAAUCCUCCAGCUCGAACAUUGGCGAAGAUUUGCAGGCACUGCAGCAGCAUCUGAGCAGCAAGCUCGAGGUGCAGGACAGUGCGCCCAGCACACUCUCCGCCCAGAAGCAACGCGUGCAGGUGUCCCGCAAGACAUCGUUGGGAUAUCAGGAGGAGCGCUUCAGUUCGCAACCGAACUAUACAGUGCUCUCCAUGAACGAUCGCAAGUACAUACUGCAGCAGUCGAAUUCGCUGAUAACCCUGCACGAGGAAAUGCAGCGCGAGCUGCCUGUUCAAAACUGUGGCCAGCUGCUCAUCGAGUUUCUCAAUACGAACAAUAAGUCGGCCAAUGAGGUGCAGGCGGUGGCCAUACUGAAUGCCAUGUUGGCGGCCGGCUUCCUCGAGCCCAUUGUGCCCGAUGCCGAGCAGACGGAAUUCGAUGCAACCCUCCACUACAGAUUUGCGGAGCUGUCACGCACAGGCGCGGCCAUAGCGGAGGCUCCAGACAAGAGCAUUGACCCAAUUAGUCCGCAGUUUGAUACCAGCGCAGAGCCGCAGCCGCCCAAGUCCAUGGAUGUGUCGCUGAGCUUUCAGUCUGCCAAGGAGCUAGAACUGGAGAAUGACAUGAGCUUUACGACCAUUUCAACCAAGCUGCUGGAGUCCUACUGUGAUCAUGAGGAGCAGCUGCUGGCACAGCUGUUGCGCGCCCAUCAACUGGACGCCGAGUGGGGCAAGGUGUUGCAGACGCUCUGCUCGACGGCAGCGAAUCAUUUCAAGCCCGAGUACUGCACCAACGAUCUCAUGGACAUACGCAACUAUGUCAACUUUAAGAAGGUGCCGGGCGGCAGGCGCAAGGACUCGAAAAUUGUGCAUGGCGUUGCAUUCUCCAAGAAUGUCGCUCACAAGGAUAUGGCCACGCAUGUUGAAUUUCCGCACAUCCUGCUGCUGCAGUGCCCCAUUGUCUACGAACGCAUCGAGGGCAAGUUUGUGACCAUCGAGACGGUGCUGCUGCAGGAGAAGGAAUAUUUGCGCAACGUCUGCGCCCGCAUCAUGAACUUCGAGCCCAAUGUGGUGCUGGUGCACAAAAAUGUCGCCGGCAUUGCCCAGGAUCUUCUGCGCUCCUACGGCGUCACCCUGGUGCUCGACGUCAAGCUCUCCGUAAUGGAACGUCUCGCGCGCACACUUCAGUGCGACAUUGUGAGCUCCAUUGAAUCGAACAUAACCAUGCCGAAGCUGGGCCGCUGCAAUGACUUCUACAUACGCAACUAUUCGGGCGGCAAGACGCUGAUGUUCUUCGAGAAGCUGAAGAGUCCACGUGGCUACACCUGUCUGCUGCGUGGCGGCAACAAUGCGGAACUGACCCGCGUCAAGAAGGUGGCCUCGGCGCUGCUCUUUGCGCGGUACAACUGGCGGCUGGAGAUGUCCUUUCUGCUGGAUGAGUUCGCCCAGCCGCUCAGUCCCAAGCCAUCCAUAUUCGACUCUAAGGAGUCCAGUCCCAAGGCAGAGAAUGCUGCCGAGGAGCACCUGGAGCCGGAGCCGCAGCUGCGCUCAUCCGCAAAGCGGCCACUGGCCGAACGCAAAUCGGAGGAGAAGUUUACGGCCAUCACUGAGAAUGUGGCUGACUUUACGGAUCCGUUGCGUUCCUCGCAGACCGAAACUAUGUCCAGCUCGGCGGCCAAUCUCAACGUGCAGGCCUUAGCCGUGGAGAAUCGCUACGAUAAUCGCUUUCGCAAUGCGCUCAGCUCCACGCUGCUGUCGGUCAGCCCAUUUCUAACGUUUCCGCUGCCCUAUCUGGAGACGGAGCAGGGUCGCAAUUGCAAGCUGCGCAAACUGUUUCCCGCCGAGCUUUACUUUUCCAAGCUCUGGUCCAAGACGCCAACUGCUCUGGAGCGUCCCGAAAGCCUAGACGCGGAUCCAUUUAAAUCCAAUACGGAGCCGGGCAACAAGGAGAACGAACAGCAGCUGCUGCCGGCACAUGAUUUCGUCAAAAUGAAGAUCACAUCGGCCGCCACCAGCCGGGAUAUACAAACGCUCCUCGCCGAGUUUCGGUCAUUUGGCGGUCGCUUUCCCAAAGGAAAGGCUUCAAUGCUCAAGCAGAAGAAGAAGAAGAUUGGCGAGAUCAUACAGCGACCGCAAAAAGUUACCGAUGAGCAGCUGUACAAGGAUGCACUCGAUCCACAGAAUCAUCAGCGUUUGCCGGUGCUUUUCUGCAGCUUCCACUUUAAUCCCAAAGGCGUGUCCUCCUUCUGCAAGCUGCCCAUGCUGCUGGACAUGAAAUUCUAUGGCCAGCACGACAUCAUGCUGGAGCAGUUCCUGCAGCGCUAUUGCUGCCUUUUCAACUCGAUGUGCCCGUCAUGCAAUCUGCCCAUGCUGGGCCACGUUCGUCGCUACGUUCAUUCGCUGGGCUGCGUGCAUGUUUAUCUCACCGAAGAUUCAACGCGCUCCGAUCCCAAGCGAAUCUACUUCACAUCCUGGUGCAGCAUUUGUAAUGCCACGACGCCGCCGGUGCCGCUUUCGGAUGCCGCCAAGCGUCUCUCUCUGGCCAAGUAUCUUGAGAUGCGCUUCCAUGGCCACGCCUACAAGCGCCGUCCGCCCACAGAGGCUGGCGGCGCCGCAGCUAUUGAGCAGAGCAAUCCCUGCGAGCACUCACUGCACCGAGAUUAUGUGCAUCAUUUUAGCUUUCGUGGCGUUGGCGCCAAGUUCCAGUACACGCCCGUCGAGGUGUGGGAAACGGAUUUGCCCUCGCUCACGUUGCAAAUGGAGCUGCCCAAGCCGUUCAUUGGCGUGCAGGUGCAGGAGGAGAUUAAAAGCUUCUCGAUACGCGGUCAUGAGGUGUAUACGCGGAUACACGAGCGCAUCGCCGAUCUGGCCACCGAGGAGGAGAACUCACCUUUGGUAUCCACGCUGAAGGCUAACCUGACCAAGGAUCAAUUCAUAUUCAAGCAAAAGGUGGAAAUUGUGCACACCCUGCUGACGGAACGUCUGGUCAACUCCUACGAUAUUGCCGACGCCCUCGUCAUGGCCAAGCGUGUGCUGGCCGAGAGCAUUGAGCUGUGGGGUCCACGUCUGCAUGAAAUCGAGCAACUAGCUCAGAAGCAUGCCAAGCAGUCGCAUCACAUCGAUGCCGGCACCAUAUGCACCGAGGAGCUGCGACCAGACCAGCUAGAUGCCGCCAGCCAGGAGCUGGCGAAGAGCAAAGCCAACAGUCAGCAGCUGGAUGGCACGUCAAUAGAAUGUCCCGGCGAAGACAUCCCGGACACGGAAAAGAAGCUGACCGUGGACCAGAUGCUCGCCUCCACAGUCAACAUCAACGCGGACAAGAAGUCCAUCAAGUCGCGGCUGCUGACGCUGCGUCAGACCGCGAAUAGCCAAGCCAAUCCGCUGCAGUCGCCCUUCGCGCCACAGGAUCAUCUGACGCUGCCCAUGGGCGCCAUACCCGUGAUGGUGCGCGAAAAUGAUCUCAGCUCGAUUAUUGCCUAUGCCCUGACAUCGGCCGAGUAUCAGCGCUCCAUUGCAGCUCUCAAUGCUGGCGAGGCAGCCGGCGGCGAUGCCAACUCCAGUCCACUGCCGAAGCAUAAGCAGCUGGAUACCGAUGCGGAGGAGACGGCUGCCAGUGCCGAGUCCGAGGAGCGCAGCAAAACCAAAUCCCAGCCACAGCCGCCCAGCGCACAUGUCCUGCUCUCCUUUGGCAGCACAACACAAUUUCAGUGCCAGAUUUAUUUUGCGCGCGAAUUCGAUGCGAUGCGCGCCAAAUGCUUGAGUCCGCCCAAGCUGGACCGCACGCUGUAUCGCCGGCUGGAGAAGAGCAAAAUGCGCGAGGAGCUGAGAAUCUCACAGAAUCGAAACGGCCCCGAAAUGGAGCUGGUGCGCAAGCCGAGCGAGGUGGCCGGCAGCGCCCAACACGUUGAGCUGCCGGAUGCCGAGGAGGAGUCGCGCAUUGCGCUCGCCCGCAGCCUCUCCAGCAGCGUGCAGUGGGAGGCGCGUGGCGGCAAAUCCGGCUCACAAUUCUGCAAGACGCUGGACGAUCGUUUCGUGCUCAAGGAAAUGGGCAAAAAGGAGAUGCUAUUAUUUGAGAACUUUGCGCCCGGGUACUUUGAGUACAUAGCCAAGUGCCAGCAGCAACAGCAGCAUCCCACGCUGCUGGCCAAAAUCUUUGGCGUCUUCAAAGUCAGCAUUAAAAAGAAGGACAGCUCCUGUGUGGAGAAGUCCUUGCUGGUCAUGGAGAAUCUGUUCUACGGCUGCGACAUAUCCGAUAAGUUCGACCUGAAGGGCUCGGAACGCAAUCGCCGUGUGGAUCCCAGCAAUACGAACGGGGAAAUUGUGCUGCUCGAUGAGAAUCUAGUGAAUAUGUCCUGGUCGAAGCCGCUUUAUGUACUCUCCCACAGCAAAGCCGUGCUGCGCGAUGCCAUACAAAGGGAUGCCUCAUUUCUGGAGCGUAAUAAGAUAAUGGACUACUCUCUGCUGGUGGGAUUGGACAAUAAGCACAAUGUGCUCGUGCUGGGCAUAAUCGAUUAUAUACGCCCCUAUACGCUGGACAAGAUGCUGGAGUCGAUGAUAAAGCAGACAGGUCUGCUGGGCGGCAUGGGCAAGUCGCCCACAAUUGUGGCGCCGCAGCCGUACAAGCAGCGCUUUGUCGAGGCGAUGGAUCGUUAUUUCUAUACGGUGCCCGAUCGCUGGGAGGGACUCUCCAAGAUCUAACCACUGCAACCACCAAAAAUACCCAACACUUAGUUAAGCUGUUUAACGUCUAGUUAACGUAUAGUUUUGAUAAAGCAACUAAAACGCAAA